GAGACAGCUGGAGUGCUGGUGAAGAACAGAAUGGUUUUCGUGGGGGAUAGGAGAGCUGAGGACAAUAUGUUUGUGGUGAAUGAAAUGAUUGAGAAGAAAAAGAAGGAUGGGGGUAAAUUGUACCUAGGUUUUCUGGAUAUAGAGAAAGCUUAUGAUAGAGUGAACAGAGAAAUGCUAGGUAGAGUCUUAGAAAAGAUUGAAUUGAGUGCAAAGAUUUUUAACAUAGUGCAAAGAGGAUGAGACGGUGGAACAUGUGGUGCUGGAGUGUGUGAAGUAUGCCAGAGACAGGAAUGAGAUGAUGCAAGUGAUACUGACUGAGUUAGGGCAUGAUAGGAAUGAAAGAGUGGAGAAGACAGGAAAGGAAUGGAUGGUGUUGUUGCUGGGACUGUGUAGAGAGGCGAAUGAAAGGAUGAUUGAGGCGGUGAAACAGUUUCUGGAGAGAAUGUGGCGUGCCAGGUGUAGGAACAAUUAGGAUAGAGGAUGCUGUUCGUUUUUUUUUUUUUUUUUUUUUUUUCUACAGGAGUUGCCGAUCCAAAGGCCUGGCUCAGGAGUGAUCCUGUGCCACCUGUACCAUCAAGAUCAAGAUCAAGAUGUAGGCUCCUCGAGAAGAAGAACCACUUGUCCCAGUGCAGUGGGUGUCUCUUAAGGCUGAAGGAGGAGUGGGAGGUACUUGCUGUGAGGCAUGGUGAGGUGGAGGGCUCGGAAACGGAGGUGGCCGUGGCUAUUGCUGUUAGUUGUGCUUGCUUGUCAGGCUUUGUGUGUGUAUGUGGGGAUUUGCACGUCACCUGUUGUCUGGGGCUCCCCUUGUUGUGUGUCACCUGUGUUCGUGAAGCACACUUACAGAUUGUUGAGGCUAACUUGACUCCUUCAUUGCAGACGCCUUAAGGAGCACGCAUGACGCUUUAAAGCGGAGGGCGGUUCGGGAAGAGGUGACGCGUGCCCUGACACAGAGGGUGUCUGGACGGCCUCCUUCCUGCCGUGCCCAAGAGCUCGCCCGCCGGCGAGCGCCCGCCGCUGGACCCGCCAUUCGUGUAGACGUGCGGUCCCUCCCGGCCGGGUCGCGGCCCGCACGCGCGGACCGACGGGUGGACGUUGUUGCAGGCGCAUCAACAGGUCAGGCGACACAAGCAGCCUUGACUUGCCUGGUGGGUGGAAGAGCCGCAGCAGUACAGGUCCACUGGCUUAUUGAAGGUGGAGGUAACGUGCGUGUACUUGACUUGUCCAGUGUUACUGCACCCACACUUGCCAGAGAGAGAGAGAGAGAGAGAGAGGGGGGAAUGAUAAAAGGUGGAUUACAAAGACCAUUACAGCAGUGGGGAGAUGUCAUCUGACGGUUCACCUCUGCCACUCACCUAAACACUGCCCAGAUUCAUCUUUUUAUGUAUUUAUUGAUUGAUUGAUUGAUUGAGUGCUUGAUUCCUGAGGCAGAGGUGCAUCCACACCAGGCUUGGUGGCAGUGUCGCAGUGGAAGGCUGGAGGUGGAAGGGAUGGGAAGAUGGAAUAGUAUUAGGAAUUAGUGGAGGUGAAUAUUGCCAUUGUUCUUCCUCCACAGACCAACUCAGGCAGCCUGUGAACCCCCCUGUGACCUGUGACCCCCCCGUGACCUGCAAGACACAGCCACUCCAGGACAGGAUGACUCAGCAGCAUGUGACCACCUAACAACAACAACAACAACAACAGACUUUCCUUGUUUAUUUGGUCAUUGUCUUGGCACCACGAGGGAGAGCAGGGUAUGUGCUGUCAUAUGGACUGGUCACUCACAACUUGGACACUGAAACAAGCCUCUCCCAGACCCCCCCCCCCACCUCUCUCUCUCUCUCUCUCUCUCUCUCUCUCUCUCUCUCUCUCUCUCUCUCUCUCUCUCUCUCUCUCUCUCUCUCUCUCUCUCUCUCCACAGAACUGAGUGACCCCCGUGCACUGUUGGUUCUCCACAAUGACAUCGUUGUUGUGGACCUACUCUCCCCCAGCUACCCCUGUUUUGAGAACCCCUAUUGAAGGGAUACACACGAGUCACCUGUCACCGGCUGUACACACCUGGCUGACUGCCCUGCUGACCUCAACCCUGCCCUCUACUUAGCUGGGGCCAUGGGAGGGGGGCACAGGAAGCAGGGUUUCUCUGAGAAGGAGUGGCCAAUCUCUGGGAGGGAGUGGGACAGCACCUCUUGCCCCUACCCUGAAAUGACCUUGACUGGACAUGUGGAUGGGUCAAUAAAAUUCUGGGAUGCCUCUUCUGUGGGACUCCAGAUUCUUUACAAUUUGAAGACUGCAAACGUAUGGCCUAUUCCAGUUCACUUGAGUCCAUCCCAGCCUCCCCAACUGCAUCCCAGCCACCCCAGUACAUCCCAGCCUCUCCCAGUGCAUCCCAGUUCAUCCCCAGUUCAUCCCCAGCCUCUCCCAGUGCAUCUCAGCCACUCUUGGUGCAUCCCAGCCUCUCCCAGUGCAUUUCAGCCUCUCCCAAUCCAUCCCAGCCUCCCUCAGAGCAUCCCAGCCUCCCUCAGUGCAUCCCAGCCUCCUUCAGUGCAUCCCAGCCUCUUCCAGUCCAUCCCAACUUCUCCCAGUGCAUCUCAACCACUCUUGGUGCAGCCCAGCCUCUCCCAGUCCAUCCCAGCUUCUCCCAGUGCAUCUCAGCCACUCUUGGUGCAUCCCAGCUUCUCCCAGUGCAUCUCAGCCUCUCCCAAUCCAUCCCAGCCUCCCUCAGAGCAUCCCAGCCUCCCUCAGUGCAUCUCAGCCUCCUUCAGUGCAUCCCAGCCUCUUCCAGUGCAUCCCAACCUCUCCCAGUGCAUCCCAGCCUCUCCCAGUGCAUCCCAGCCUCUCCUAGUCCAUCUCAGCCUCUCCCAGUGCAUCUCAGCCUCUCUCUGUGCAUCCCAGCCUCUUCCAGUGCAUCCUAGCAUUUCUCAAUGCAUCCCAGCCACCCUUAGUCCAUCCCACCCUCUCCUAGUGCACCUGUCUCUCCCAGUGCAUCCCAUCCUCUCCCAGUGCAUCCCAGCCUUUCUCAGUCCAUCCUAACCUCUCCCAGUGCAUCACAGCCUCUCCCACUGUAUCCCAGCCUCCCCCAGUGCAUCCCAGUCUCUCCCAGUGCAUCCCAGUCUCUCCCAAUGUAUCCCAGCUUCUCCCAGUCCAUCCCAGCCUCUCCCAGUGCAUUCCAGCUUCCUCCAGUGCAUCCCAGCCUCUCCCAGUGCAUCGCAGCCUCUGCCAGUGGAUCCCAGGCUCUCCCAGUGCAUCUCAGCCUCUCCCAGUACAUCCCAAUCUCUCCCAGUACAUCCCAGCCUCUCAUAGUGCAUCCCAGCCUCUCCCAUUGCAUCCCAGCCUCCCCCAGUGUAUCUCAGUCUCUCCCUGUAAAUUAUUAUUGUACAGGGGAGUUUCAAUGGGUAACUAAAGUAAAUUCCCCCUAGCAGUACUGAACGUAAUUGUGCGUUACCUCUCAAUAGAAAACAUUUUAUGCGAGUCUCCCUUCUAAUACUCCGAAAUGGCUCUCGUUUUCUUUCCGCCCCGGUAGUUUUAAGGGGAAGCUUCACUAAAUUGAGUAAAUUAUUCCUGUUUUCUUUCCAACAGUGCCUCGAGGUGCCAGUCAUUUAUGAAGUGUAUGAAAGCAGAAACGGGUCUCCAGAAUAUGAUUUUUGCCCAAGAUCUUCCCUUCAGGUGAGUCUGAUGAUGACGAUGAUACUAUUGCUGCUGCUGCUGCUGCUGCUGCUGCUGCUGCUGCUGCUGCUGCUACUACUACUACUGCUGCUGCUGCUGCUGCUGCUGCUGCUGCUACUACUACUACUACUACUACUACUACUACUACUACUAUCUUUGCAGACCUCUUUGGACUAUUUCGUGUCCAUCCAUGUCAGAGCAGGACCGCAAAGAAGACCGGCUGGCUGGCUACCGA